AUGCACGCGCGGAGGAGCAGCAAGCAGCAGCAGCAGCAGCAGCAGCAGGUGAAGUUAGGGGAGGAUCUUGUGGCCGUGAGGAAGGCCACUGGAGAGGGUACUGGAGGCACUUGCGCAGCUGAGGGGCCCCCCCGGGGAGAGUUGGGGGCCCCUAAGGAAGGGCCCCCUAAGGAAGCAGCUAGGGGGCCCCCCAAGCUGCCUGCUGCAGCAGGGGGGCCCCCCAAAGUACCGCUUUUGUGGCAAAAAAGGGCCCUUGAAGCCCAAAAGGAGAAAAGCCCCGUAGCAGUCGCAGAAUUCCAGCGCAUGUGGCCCAUCUUCGUGCGGCUGCCUCCCUGGGGGGCCCCCCCGGCGGGGCCCCUCCAGAAAAGGGUUCACUUGGGGACCCCGGGGGCCCCCAGCAGCAUGGGUGGCCCCGCAGCUGCAGCUUUUGGGGGAAUAUCCUUUGGAGAUGCGGGGGCCCCGGGGGCCCCCAGCUCUAAGGGGCCCCUGGGAGCCUGGGGGGCCCCUGCGGCCCCCCCUAGGGCCCCUGGGGGUGCCCCUGAAGGGGCCCUCGGGGGGCCCCCGGGGGCCCCUGGGGCCCCGGAUUCUCCUGUGUUGCUGCUGGGUUUUUUCGUAGAGGGCUUUCACAUGCAGCUGCUGACGCAAAUGGACUUAGUGGAAAUUGUGGACACGGUGGUAGACUUGGCGGCGGGGCACUUCAGAGGGGGCCCCCCAAAAUGCCCUGGAGGCCCUCCAGAGGGCCCGCGGGGCCCCUCGGAGUGCCCUGGGGGCCCCCCAGAGUGCCCUGGGGGCCCCCCAGAGUGCCAUUGGGGCCCCACAAAGUGUCCUGGGCGACCCCCAGAGGGCCCUGGGGGCCCCAUUAAGUGCCCUGGGGUCCCGACAAAGUGCUCUGGGGACCCCAAAGAGUACUUUGGGGCCCCCACAGAGUGUUUUGGGGGCCCCAAGGAGUACACUGGGCGCCCCACAAAUUGUACUGGGGGCCCCACAGAGUGCAAUGGGGGACCCACAGAAUGCGCUAGGGGCCCCACAGUGUGCAUUGGGGGCCCCAGAGAAUCCGUGGGGGCCCCCAUAGGGUACAAUGAAGGCUUUAGAGAAUGGAGUGGGGGCCCCCAGGAGUCCGGGGGUGGCCCCCGUGAGGGUGGGAAAAAGGGUUCAGUGAGGGGGGGCCCCGGGGGGCCUCUUAUUGUAGGCAGUCAGCUGAAAAUGAGGGUAGCAGCAGCAGCAGCAAGACCCCCGAGCGCUUCUGCAGCGGGACGAGCAGCAGCAGAGGCAGCAGCAGCACCGGAAACAGCAGCAGCAGCAGCAGAGGCAGAGACAGCGGAAACGGCAACAGCGGCCCAGGGAGCAGCAGCAGCAGCAGCAGCAGAAACAGCAGCACAAGCAGCAGCAGCACCCGAAGCAGCACCAGCUCGUGAGGGCAGUCCCGCAGCAGAGGGCCCCCCGCAGCCUUUAGCCGGGAGCAGCAGCACGGGGGGCCCCCCUUGGGGGCCCCCCAACUUUGCUUCUGCAGCUGCGGGGGAGAGUGGCCAGGCUGUGGGGCCCCUGUGGGGCCCCUGGGGGCCCCCCAGGGUCACCUCAGAGGGUUCAGUUAAACCUGGAAAAGCCCAUCUUUGGGGCCCCAGGGGGGCAAAGGGCCCCGGGGGCCCCUUAGGCAUAAGAGCAGCAGCAGGGGGCCCCCCUGAGCCUGCUGCUGCGGGGAGCUGUGCUGUGGAAGGGGGGAGGCCCCCAGGGGCCCCUGCAGCAGGCGGAACAGAGCCCGGGGGGCCCCCCGCCUGGGCUUUGGGGGGCCCCCAGCUGGGGGUGGGGGCCCCCCAGCUGGGGAAUGGGGGCUCCCCUGUGGAGGACGGGGGCCCCCCUGGCGGCAGCGAGAUUUGUGCUGAAGUGAGUGGGGGCCCUGGCGCGGGGCAGGCGGCCGCUGCUGCGGCGCCGCGGGGCCCCGCGAAGGAAAACCCGCAGCAGGAGACAGGGGGCCCCCAAAAGAGCCAUGGAGGCCCCUAA